CUUCUGUUGCAACGGGAAUUCACUACUUGUAACGGCGGCUGUUCGCUCACCUAUAAUCCUAUUCCUAAAAGCGGCCACCAAUGGCGAGAGCCCCACCUCUCAGCCCCUUGUACCACCUUCGACCAAUCACGUUCGUACCAACUCAAUUACUUUUCCCUUCCCCGAUAAGAACCAAACCUCGCAGUAUCUCCGGCAUACACGUCAGCUCCGCCGCCACCGACGCAAUGCCCAGUCACCCUGAGCAUCACCCGUCGCUCGAAAUCAUCGCCGGCGGCGGUGUUGGAGCUCGCGACUCGGUCCUCCUGGCUCUCAAGACCCUGACCCGUCCGUACACCCCGUUUCCAAUGAUCGGAUGGAACCGCCACAUGGAGACCAUCUUCGCCUCGUUCUUCAGGUCUCUCCCCGACGUCAGGCUCCGACGGGAGUGCCUCCGCACCCAAGAUAACGGCUGCGUCGCGCUCGAUUGGGUCUCCGGCGACCACCGUCAUCUGCCGCCUGAGUCUCCACUCCUCAUUUUGCUGCCAGGUUUAACAGGAGGGAGCGGGGACUCGUAUGUGAGGCAUAUGUUAGUUCGAGCCAGAAGUAAAGGCUGGCGUGUGGUCGUCUUUAAUAGCCGAGGUUGUGGCGAUAGCCCUGUCACUACUCCUCAGUUCUAUUCGGCUUCGUUUUUAGGAGAUAUGCGUGAAGUGGUGGAGCAUGUUGCUGCUCGGUACCCAAAAGCUAAUUUAUAUGCUGUUGGCUGGUCUCUUGGAGCAAACAUUCUUGUUCGAUAUUUGGGUCAGGAAUCUCAUACUUGCCAUCUUUCUGGUGCUGUGUCACUGUGUAAUCCUUUCAAUUUGGUCAUAGCAGACGAGGACUUUCAUAAGGGCUUUAACAAUGUCUAUGACAAAGCUCUUGCAAGUUCUCUCUGCAAAAUUUUCAAAAAGCAUGCUCUUCUAUUUGAGGACAUGGGUGGUGAAUAUAAUAUCCCAUUGGCUGCCAAUGCAAAGUCUGUUCGGGAUUUUGAUGAAGGACUAACCCGUGUUUCAUUUGGUUUCAAGUCAGUGGAUGACUACUACUCCAAUUCAAGUAGUUCAGACUCAAUAAAGCAUGUUCGCAUACCUUUGCUUUGCAUUCAGGCAGCAAAUGAUCCAAUUGCUCCAUCAAGGGGAAUUCCCCGUGAAGAUAUUAAGGAAAAUCCAAACUGUUUGUUGAUAGUGACGCCCCAGGGUGGCCAUCUAGGAUGGGUCGCUGGUGUGGGAGCUCCGCUUGGGGCUCCUUGGACUGAUCCUGUCGUAAUGGAUUUCCUUGAGCAUUUAGAGAGAGGAGUAUCUAAAGGCCUUGCAUCUUCAGUAGAUUUGCAGCAAACUAGCGAUGUACAGAAGGCUUUCACAGGCUAGAAGUGUAGCCAGCUGAGUGCUUGGUAUUUAUUUAUUUGGUGAUCAAUUGAUUGAUACAUCCUCUUGCGAUGAUGCUUGUGGUCAAUGAAGAAAUAUCAUUGGAUUAAGACUAUGUCCUCUUGGUAUUUCUUUAAUAAGACUAUGUCAUCCAAUUCUUUUCCAGUUUCAUAUUGUUUGUUCAAUGGGGGCGUAGCUGACACAACAUUGGAUUAUUAUAUUAGUCAAAAUGCUGGAUGUACAAACUGAAUUUACAGAAAUGAAGGAACUAAACAUUUAGUAAGUGAA